GAAAUACAUUCCCCACUUCCUAAAUAAGAUCCGAUCAGACGCUUCACAUCAUCUGGUAGACACCGACCAUCAAUCCGAAAUGAAUAUUAAGUUCAUAUCCGGUAUAGGGAUCAUCUUGGUCCUCUCUGGCCUUUCGCGGGCCCAAAAGGAUCCGAGCUGUAAUGAAGAAACAGCAUACUCCGGUUUUUGUUUGGCCGGCAUACCAAAUUUUACCUACGAUCCCAAGACGAAGGAGUGCAGAGAGUUCAUAUACGGCGGAUGUGGCGGGAACAGAAAUCGUUUUAUAACUAAAAAGCAAUGCGAGGACAUGUGCGUGGAAUAGGAAUAUUGUUUAACAAGAAUAUAGUUCCAAAAAA